AUGGUGAACUGGCUCAGUUUAACCAUUCCCAUCGCCUACAUUGGCAUCCUCAUCGGAUCGUUAGCGACGUUCUCCUCGCUAUAUCGCAAGCGGAAAGCUGCUAAAUCAUACGCCUUAAAACCAUGGUUUCCUGCACACUGUCAACGAGAUAUAUACCUCUCUCUCACCCACCUUCACGAUGAGCCUAGCACAUCGCAAGCAGCAACGGCGACGUCAGGUUCGUCGUCGACAAAGGAGAAGAAGGCACCCGCUGUCCCCGAGACUGUGCUCAAAGCUGCUCUCCUCCGCCGUGCGACCGAGGAUAUCCGCCGACUAAUCGAAUUACGUAGUCGAAAACCAGCGCUCGCGGGCCUGUUGCAAAAGGGCAGUGUUGGCGAUGAUCUGUGGCAACAGUUCCUAAGGGCGGAGAAGGAAAUGGAAGAGGAAGUCAGAGAUGUGUUUGCCGAGGCAAACCACUUCGUUCCAAACUGGGGUACCACCAUCUUCCAAUCCGCCAACGAAAUUGUUGCCAACACGUUCCUCCGCAAAAAAAUCGAGGAUAUCCAAUCUACCGUGAAAGAUGAGCGAGAAUGGUGGGAUAAAAAGAAGGCUAGAAUCCAAGAGGGAUUUUUGAAGGAGUUGGAAAUGGAUCCUUCCGCCAAACAGACCGGUUCGGGAUCACAACCAACGCCGUUUAAACAGAAUAGUAGUGAUGAUGACGCCGUGCUAGUUGAGAGUGGCGGGCCCGCCGCUGGUAGUGGUGGUAGUGGAAAAAACAAGAAGAAGAAGGGGAAGAAAUGA